AUUGGGACGAUAUGGAAAAAAUAUGGCAUCAUACAUUUUACAACGAAUUAAGGGUUGCACCGGAAGAACAUCCAGUCCUUUUAACAGAAGCGCCUUUAAAUCCUAAGGCAAACAGAGAAAAAAUGACUCAAAUUAUGUUCGAAACAUUCAAUACACCGGCCAUGUAUGUUGCAAUUCAAGCAGUUUUAUCGCUUUAUUCUUCUGGAAGAACAACUGGUAUAGUUAUGGAUUCUGGUGAUGGAGUAUCUCAUACUGUUCCUAUAUAUGAAGGCUAUGCCUUGCCUCAUGCAAUAAUUCGAUUAGAUUUAGCCGGACGAGAUCUAACUGAUUAUUUAAUGAGAAUUUUAACAGAACGUGGCUAUUCCUUUACAACAACUGCAGAGAGAGAAAUCGUGCGAGAUAUUAAAGAGAAGCUCUGCUACGUUGCUUUGGAUUUUGAACAAGAGAUGGCAAAUUCUGCCAUAUCAUCAACUAUUGAAAAAUCUUAUGAAUUACCAGAUGGCCAAGUGAUAACAAUUGGAAAUGAAAGGUUUCGUUGUCCCGAAACACUGUUUCAACCGUCUUUUCUCGGUAUGGAAAGUUCUGGAAUACACGAAACAACUUAUCUCUCCAUUAUGAAAUGUGAUGUUGAUAUUCGUAAAGAUUUGUACGCUAACACUGUAUUAUCCGGAGGCACUACAAUGUAUCCAGGUAUUGCCGAUCGUAUCCAGAAAGAAAUAACAGCUCUGGCACCUACAACCAUGAAAAUUAAAGUAAUUGCUCCACCGGAAAGAAAAUAUUCGGUGUGGAUUGGUGGUUCGAUUUUAUCUUCUCUGUCAACUUUUCAGCAAAUGUGGAUAUCGAAACAGGAAUAUGAUGAAUCAGGACCAUGCAUUGUGCAUCGCAAAUGUUUUUAAGUUAUCAUUAAGUAUUAUGUUUCAUUUUCUUAUAAUGUUUUUGUUCUGUCCAUUUCUUUCAUAUUCAGAUAACAAAGAUACAUACUGAUACACUUGCGUUUUAUUUAAUUGAAAUUACGAUUUUUUUUACUUG